UAUCUCUUUGUUAAGCUGCUAUUUAAUAGAUCCGUUUACAAAAAAAAAUCAUAACAAAAUAACGCUCAUAAAUGUUAGGCACAAUGUUAGGUAAAAAUGUGACAUUGAUUAUAAAAUGCAAAUUUUUGUUUAAAUUGGUCCUGAAUAUUGAGCAUUUUGGACUUUUUGCUGCUUUCGCUCUCAUCUAUACAGAACUGUCAAACUUGAAAUUUGUGGCAAAUGACAAUAAAAUGUCCUCAAAAGAAAUCGAAAUUGAGACAAGCGAGAGCUUUGGGCCUAAAAAAAUAACCAAGAGUCAAAAAUGCGAUCGCAGAUGUGCCCAUCAAGGUGAUCGCAUUUGUUAUAACGAAGAGGAAGAUAAUAAAGAAGUGGUCAAAAAAAUUCCUGACGAAACCGCUUCUUCCGAAUCUGUAGACUCGAUAGAAUUGGACAGUCUACACUCCGGAGAGUCAUUAUUUAAAACAUUUAACUUCGAAGCCAGCGAUAAUGACCCUGACAUGGAAAAAUGUAUGACUUUUUGGAAGAAGAUUCUGGCGAAAAAUGUAAAACCAAUCAAGUGCACAUUGCUCAAAACGAAGAAAAGUGAAGACAAAGAACCGGAAAAAGUGGAGACGGAAGUGAUACAAGACAAACGGAAAGAUAAGGACCCUUGCAAAGACGCAGAGAUUCGCAAAAUGUGGUUGGACAUCUACAAGGAUUUGCAAAGACGAAAACUAGACAAGCUGAAGUUGGUAAAGUCAAAGAAAUGCGAACCGUGCGAAGAAUACAUCGAUGAAGAACUGCUAAAAAAACAAGACGUUGAAGACAUUAAAAAACUGAACCAAUGGAAAUCGCAAAAGAGACCUUCUGCCGGAAAAUUCGACAUCGGUUCGCAGGUCCAGCGCACGCUCCGCGUCCUCAAAGCAGCUCGAACCUCAAAAGACGAGUCCGAGAAAAGACAAUCAACCAGCGAAACCAACAUCAAACACUCCACGAAACUACCUAAACCCAAAACUCCAAACAAAACCGAAUCAGAAAAGGCCCCCACCCAGCCCCCAAUUGUCAAAACCAUACCACAAAAUACCCCUGGCAAAGAAAUCACCCAAAUUGAAUCAGACUUGAGCAAAUCUACUGCAAAAAGUGCAUCAAAGCACAGCACUGGAGGCGGCGCAGCGCCUGCCCCUCUCGACCUGAGCAUAAAGAAAAGUUGCUGCAACUGUGGUUGCGCAAUUGACGACUGCAUUUGCGCCGAAAUUGAAGAACUGGUCUCGAGCUGCGCCCCUUGUGACUGUGGUGCUGUGUGCGUCUGCGACCCCACACAGCCCCAGACAGAAGUUUGUUCCUGCGGAUGUGACGUCCAGGAAUGCAUUUGCCAGAAUUUGGAAAAAUGUGUGUGUGGUUGUGGCGUGAAAGAGUGCCUUUGUCAGAAUGUCGAUGCAAUAAGGGGGAAAGAAUGUGCUUGUGGGUGUGGUUUGGAUGAGUGUGUUUGCGAACAAUUGUACACAAAGAGGUGUAAAUGUGGUCAUGCCGACUGCACUUGCGAUAUGAUCGAGAUCCUGACCACUUAUUUGGAGACUUUGGAGGCUUCGCCCGGGGCUAGUGCUAGAGUGGACGGGGAGAGUUUGAGAUUUAGCAGAGAGGCGCAGACUGAGGACCAAGCCUUGCUGCUGCAGACGACCCAGAAGGAGGGCUCCUAUUGCUUGAUCUGUGGACAUUUCAAUUGUUACUGUAAUAAAUGAUGCUGUUGCAAUCGGGAA